AUGGUCGUGAAGCACCACGUUGAGGGCUACGAGAAUUUUCUCUCGUUGAUGGAAAACCUGAAAGCCGAUGGUCCAAUUAUUGUUCUUUACAGUGGAAGCAAGCUUGAGAAUGGUCUUAGCUGGUGCUCGGAUUGCGUGGAAGGUAUUGUUGUUGAAUGUUCUGCCGACGAUGGCGCUCUGGGGAACACCGAAGCGCCUGGAAGGCGACCAUCUUCUCAAGCCCGAGCUGGUUAA